CUGAGAGGUCAUGUUAGCCAUGGUAUGGGCCGCGUUGGCAAGCACAGGAAGCAUCCCGGUGGUCGAGGCAAUGCUGGUGGCGAGCAUCAUCACCGCAUUAACUUUAACAAGUAUCAUCCGGGUUACUUUGGGAAAAUCGGGAUGCCGCAUUACCAUUUAAAGCGUAAUCCACACUAUUGUCCGACUAUAAAUCUGGACAAACUGUGGUCUCUUGUUUCUGACGCUACCUAUGAGAAGUACAAGAACUCUAAGGAUGGGAAGGCGCCCGUCAUUGAUUGCGUUCGAAAGGGAUACUUCAAAGUUUUGGGUAAGGGUGUCCUUCCGAAAGUUCCCGUUAUCGUAAAGGCGCGAUUCUUCUCAAGGCGUGCAGAGGAGAGGAUUAAGGCCGUCGGCGGUGCCUGUAUUCUCACUGCGUAA